AUGGCCAACACUUUGGAUGUUAUCAACGUUACCGGGGAAAGUUGCAUUGUUUGUUUUGAUCCAUUCCACAAUGGCGGCGGUGUUGCCGUUUUUCAUUGCAACCACUUCAUCUGUGGUGAAUGUCACGACAACUUGAUGGCUGUGCGAGUUACGGAAACCAACAUGGAUGGAGAAGACAUCUUGAUGGAGGGCAAGAAUGGGGAUGGGUGUCCAACCUGUAGGGGGGAUGAUGAGGUUGUUACCGUCUACCAGGCUCAGAUCUACUGCCACGGAACAGAAGAAGACCCUGUUGUUAUCGAUUAA